AUGAGCAACCUGGAAUUCAACGGCGUUUACGUCGAAGAUAUGGGCGUCCUCACGCCCGGAACGCUCCGUCUCGCAGACAAAGCGCUGGUGUUCAAAGGUGAAGGAGCUGGAAAAUCGAUCAAUGUUCCAAGUGGCGACAUUGAUGACAUCAAGUGGCAGAAGCUUGGAAACAAGCCCGGAUUGCGCGUUGGACUGACCGAUGGAGGUGCUCAUCGCUUUGGAGGACUCAAAGAAACUGUGAGUUUACUUACGUGGAAAAUGAAUCGGAAUAUAUUAUGCAGGAUUUGGACAAAGUAAACGCAUUCACCAACUCCAACUGGAACCAGAACGUUGAGCCAUCAGAUCUGUUCAUCAAGGGAUGGAAUUACGGACAGGCGGAAGUAAAGGGAAAGAACAUUCAGUUCUCGUUUGAGAACAAACCCAUCUUCGAGAUUCCGUGCACCAAUGUCUCUCAAUGCGUCGCCAACAAAAACGAAGCAGUUCUGGAGUUCCAUCAGCACGACGACAGCCAGAUUUCCCUGAUGGAAAUGCGUUUCCACAUGCCCGUUGACGCCGAAGAGGACGAGACGGACAAAGUGGAAGAGUUCAAAAAGGCCGUGCUCGCCUUCGCCGGUUUGGAGGCAGAAACCGAACAGCCGAUCGCCAUGCUCACUGACCUUCUUUGUACGACGCCACGUGGACGCUACGACAUCAAGGUGUACCCGACGUGCAUAGCGCUACACGGAAAGACGUACGACUACAAAAUUCCAAUCAAAUCGAUCAACCGGCUGUUUCUGGUACCGCAUAAGGACGGGCGUCACGUUUAUUUUGUGCUCUCUCUGAAUCCGCCGAUCAGACAAGGACAGACGCGCUACAGUUACCUCGUUUUCGAGUUUCAAAAGGACGAAGAGCUUGAUCUGGAGCUCACCCUGACUGAGUAAGCGUCUGUGCGCUCAAACCCCAUGUAACCUUCAUUUUGCAGUGAACAGCUCAACGAUACGUACGGCGGAAACCUGAAGCGUGAGAUGAGCGGACCAGUCUACGAGACCGUCUCGAUUCUCUUGAAAAUCAUUUGCAACUUGAAAAUAACCGUGCCUGGAAAAUUCAUCGGAAGCACAGGUACUCCUGCCAUCCAAUGCUCACACAAGCAGAACCCGGGACUACUUUAUCCGAUGGAAAAGGGAUUCUUGUUCAUACACAAACCCGCGAUGUACGUCCGCUUCGAAGACAUCUCCUCGUGCCACUUUGCCCGUUCCGACGGCGGAACUGUCACUCGUACUUUCGACUUUGAAAUCGAUCUCAAGAGUGGAUCCUCGCUCAUGUUUAACUCUGUUGAGAAGGAGGAGAACAACAAGUUGUUUGAUUACCUGAACAAGAAGAAUCUCAAGAUCCGCAACUCGCAGAGAAUCGACAAUAAGAAGGACACUGCUGUCGAUAGCAGUGACGAUGAAAUUGACCCGUACAAGGCGGCCGUGAAGGCCGAAGGACGGCAACGCGAUGAAUCGGACGAUUCGGACAGCACCGACGAGGACUACGAUCUCGACAAGGAUCUGAAGAAGAAGCAGAAGGAGAAGGACUCGUCAGAAGGGUCUGGAUCCGAACCGGACGACGAGUACGACUCGGGCUCAGAGCAAGAUUCGAGUGGAAGUGCAGAGACGGAGCCGGAUGACGAGGAAGAUGUGCCAUCUAAGAGAAAGAAGGGAGAGCCGAAGGAAAAGAAGGAGAAAAAAGAGAAGAAAGAAAAGAGAGCGAAGGAUCCGAACGGACCGAAACGCAACGUGUCGGCCUACAUGCUCUGGUUCACAGCCAAUCGGAAUUCGCUGAAGGCGGACGGAGAUUCGGUAGCCGACGUGGCCAAAAAAGGAGGACAGGCUUGGAGAGAGCUCUCCGCCGAGGAUAAGAAGGUUGGUAUUAAUCUGAGACCGUGCUGAAAUCAUAAUUUGAUUUGCAGGAAUGGGAUGAGAAGGCCGCCAAGGACAAGGUUCGUUACGAGGCCGAAAUGAAGGAAUACAAGAAGAACGGAGGCGGAGCUGCUUUCGCUUCUUCGUCUUCUAAAAAAUCUUCGAAACCUUCGAAGCCAUCGAAGAAGGCGGCUGGGCCGUCUCCAUCCAAGGCCAAAUCAAAGGAAUAUAUCAGUGAUUCGGAUGAUUCGGACGAAGAUGAAAAGCCGAAAAAGAAGGAGAAGAAGGCGGCGCCGAAAGAUGAAUCUGAAGAAAGCGAGGAUGGCUCGGACGCUGGAUCUGAUGCUUCAGACGAUUCCGACUAA